AGGAAGAAAGGGCGUUGCUUGGAUGGAUCUCUCCUUUCCACUCCCCUUUCUCAGGUCCCCAGCACUAGACCAAGGCUCCUUGUUUCCCCCCUUCAUUGCUGCUGCUGCUGCUCUCUUGCAAAACUGGAAUUGCCUGGGCUUAUUUCAAAAAAGGAGAAGAAGGGAUCAGAGGCAGCAGCCGGAGAGAGGGCGAUCAAGUCCACUUUCUUCAAACUGCCCUGGGGCUCCUUCUCUCACUCUCUCUUUAGCAGUAUCAAGAGCCCCAAACUGAACCCAGAGAGCAGCUUUUUCCAUCAUUUCAGUUCCCUUCCCUCCCCCUAUCUCACACACAGCAAGAACAGAGCUCCUUCCCUCUCUGUUUUUCCUUCCUUUCCUGCAUGCUCAGCUUGUUUUUUGUUUUCUUUUUAAAGCAUCAGAAAUUCCCCCCACCAGCCCCCAAACCUCCACACAGACGCACACAGAUUGCAAUGGGGGCUUUGCAGAUUGCUGGAUUGUGCGUGCUUUCCUUUCUCCUCCACUCUGGAAGCACGCUGGCAAAUAAAGCCAGUCAAGAUGUCGAUGAAUGUAUUGAGGGAACCGACAAUUGCCACAUUGACGCCAUCUGUCAGAACCCCCCCCGGUCCUACAAGUGCAUCUGCAAGUCUGGCUUCUCCGGGGAUGGGAAGCACUGCAAAGAUGUUGACGAGUGCGAGCGGGACGAUAACGCUGGCUGUGUCCAUGAAUGCGUCAACAUCCCAGGGAAUUACCGCUGCACCUGCUACGAUGGCUUCCGCCUGGCCCAAGACGGACAUAACUGCCUGGACCUGGACGAAUGCUCUGUGGGGAACGGUGGCUGCCAGCAGACCUGCAUCAACAUGAUGGGCAGCUAUGAGUGCCAUUGCCGGGAGGGCUUCUUCCUGAGUGACAACCAGCACACCUGCAUCCAGCGCCCAGAAGAAGGAAUGAACUGCAUGAACAAGAACCAUGGCUGUGCCCACAUCUGCCGGGAGACCCCCAAGGGGGGCAUCGCCUGCGAGUGCCGGCCGGGCUUUGAGCUCACCAAGAAUCAGCGGGACUGCAAAUUGACCUGCAACUAUGGGAAUGGCGGUUGCCAGCACACCUGUGAUGACACGGACCAAGGGCCCAAGUGCGGCUGUCAUGUGAAGUUUGUGCUAUUUUCUGAUGGGAAAACGUGCAUAGGGGAGAGGCACCUCCAGCAACACGCUACCUCCCAGACGUUUUCUAAUGAGACGUGUGCCGUGAACAAUGGAGGCUGCGAGAACAAAUGCCAAGAUGCAGCCACAGGCGUGCAGUGCAGCUGUCCCAUGGGCUUCACUCUCCAGGUCGACCGGAAAACAUGCAAAGAUAUCGAUGAGUGUGGGCAGAACAACGGCGGCUGUGACCACAUCUGCAGGAACACGGUGGGCAGCUUUGAGUGCAGCUGCAGGAAAGGUUACAAGCUGCUGAUCAACGAAAGGACCUGUCAAGACAUCGAUGAGUGCUCCUUUGACAGGACCUGCGACCACGUCUGCAUCAACACACCGGGGAGCUUCCACUGCCUCUGCCACACAGGCUACACGCUGUAUGGAGUUACCCACUGCGGAGACAUCAAUGAAUGCAGCAUCAACCGAGGAGGCUGCAAGUUCGGCUGCAUCAACACCCCUGGCAGCUACGAGUGUACCUGUCCCGCUGGCUGCAAGUUGCACUGGAACAAAAAGGACUGCAUCGCCGGUGCUUGUCGUCCUUCAGAGCUGGUGAAGUGCCUGGUGGGCUCUGCCUCCCACCGGGCCACGCUAUCUUGCAACAAGAACGGCAAGAAAGACAGCUGCUCCCUCACCUGCACCUCCAAGGCCCGCUUCCUGCCAGAGUCUGACAGCAGCUACACGGUGAGCUGUGGGACGCCCAUCCAGCGCCAGGGGGCCCAGCAGCGGCCUGGCAACAGCAGCCAUCACUGCGUCGAGACUGUCGCUGCUCCAAUCAAACAAAAGGCUUCCUUCAAGAUCAAGGACGCCAAGUGCCACCUGCACCCACGCGCAAAGGGGAAGCAGGAUGAGUCAGGGAGGCCUGGGGCGCCAGGUGGGGUGGCCCCCUGCUUGGAUUGCCAGGUGACCUUCGUGAACCUCAAGUGCGACUCUUCCAGGAAGGGCAAAGGCCGCCGUGCCCGCAACCCCUCCAACAAGGAAGUGACACGCAUCACCCUGGAGUUUGAGGCAGAAAUCAAACCAGAGGAGAUCACAGCCAGCUGCAACAUAAACUGCCUGCGGCAGCGGGUGGAGAAAAAGCUGAAGUCGGCGAUCAAGGCCCUGAAGAAGUCCAUCAACCAGGAGCGGUUCCUGAUCCGCUUUGCGGGCAUGGAGUACGAGGUGGCCCAGAAGCUGAGCAUGGCCCUGGAGAGGCAGGAGAGCUGCGGGCCUGGGCAGCAGAGGGUGGGGUCCAAGUGUGUUAGCUGCUCGCAGGGAACGUAUUACCAUGGCCAGAUGGAGCAGUGUGUCCCCUGCCCUCCUGGGACCUACCAGGAGAAGGAAGGCCAGCUCUCUUGUGACCACUGCCCUAGAGGCGAUGCUUACGGCCCAGCUGGAGCAACCAACGUAACCAGCUGUGCAGGUACAGUGCAGCACCAGCAUGAUGUUGUUUCCUCUCCUCGGGGCACCGUACAACCGGGGGCUCACAGGGAGUCUCGGAGCCUCGGCAACGACUGCAGCUUCCAUUCGGCUCUGGAGAGACACCACGGAGACCUCCUGUGUAUCGCAGCCACCCAGCACAGCCAGCUCUUGCAGACAGGUCAGUGUCUCCCUGGGCAGCACUCAGUGGAUGGCUUCAAACCCUGCCAGCCAUGUCCCCGGGGUUCCUACCAGCCCGAAGUGGGGCGGGCUCUGUGCUUCUCCUGCGGUGGGGGCCUGACCACUAAGCAUGAGGGUGCCUUCUCCUUCCAGGACUGCGACACCAAAGUUCAGUGCUCCCCAGGCCACUACUACAACACGAGCGUCCAUCGCUGCAUCCGCUGCGCCGUGGGCACCUACCAGCCAGACUUCCGCCAGAACUAUUGUAUUGCCUGUCCGGGCAACACCACCACCGACUUCGAUGGCUCCACCUCCGUGUCGCAGUGUAAAAACCGCCAGUGCGGGGGAGAGCUGGGCGAGUACACUGGCUACAUCGAGUCUCCGAACUACCCUGGGAACUACCCUGCCAACAUUGAGUGCACCUGGAACAUCAACCCACCUCCAAAGCGCAAGAUCCUCAUCGUCGUCCCCGAGAUCUUCCUCCCAUCUGAGGACGAGUGUGGGGACGUUUUGGUCAUGCGGAAAAACUCCUCCCCGUCCUCCAUCACGACCUAUGAGACAUGCCAGACAUACGAGAGGCCCAUUGCCUUCACUGCCAGGUCCCGCAAACUGUGGAUCAACUUCAAAACCAGCGAGGCCAACAGUGCCAAGGGCUUCCAGAUCCCCUAUGUCACCUACGACGAGGACUACGAGCAGCUGGUGGAGGAUAUCGUACGAGACGGCAGGCUCUACGCCUCUGAAAACCAUCAGGAAAUCUUAAAGGACAAGAAGCUGAUCAAGGCCUUCUUCGAUGUGCUGGCUCACCCACAGAACUACUUCAAGUACACGGAGAAGCACAAGGAGAUGUUGCCCCGCUCGUUCAUCAAACUCCUCCGCUCCAAAGUCACCAGCUUCCUCAGGCCUUACAAAUAGCCCCACGAUGUGCCCCAGCCAUGCCGGCCGCCCUGCAGCCAAGGAAACCUUCUUUUUACUUUUCUUUGAAUUGUUUUCCCCCUAAACAGCUUUAUAAACAAACAGAAUCCCCAUCCUUCGCUAUGCAGAUGUCUGUAACAGUGACUCCUCCUUGGCUUGCUUUGAACCCAUCUUUGGGGCAGCCCCACGCCCUAUUCCUUCAAUGCCGGGGGAGACAUCUCCCAUCCCAGGGGCGAUGCUUCUUCUUGUUCCAAGCAAUCUCUGCAUUCAGAGGCAGCUGCGACCUGCUCCAUUUGAUGAAACUCAAGUGCAGCUCUUCAGGCUGCUCUCCUGGUGGCCCUUUGGUUGCCCUUGAUGUUUUAUACACAUCUGCACACAAGUCGCUCUCCAUUCCUAGAUGCCAUCAACACAUCUGCAGCUGCCUUCCCUCAUGGGACCCACAUGGUAUUUUUACUCCCAUGGCAAGGCUUUCACGGCUGCAGCCAGACCUGAGCUGCUUCUCCAAGAACUGAGGGCAAAGGACAUCCCUAACUGCAGAAGGUAACACCUUUAUUUAUCAUAGUGUUGUGGCUCUAGAAAAACAAAGGAACACGUCUUCGCAGAGGGGAUCGGGGAAACACCCAUAUGCUUAAAAAAUAUUUAAAAACAAUAAAGGAAUAAAGGACAGGACUGGGACGCACAACAGCAAGUAGCGACUGGCUGGUGGUUGCAAUGGCAGUUCUGAGGGGUGGGAGAUGUAUCUCUAGGGAGCCAUGCUGGCUCUCUGUGUCUGAGGAAAGCAUGGCCAAGCCACGUCUUUGCAGAACAAUGUCUGGAUGAACGGGAGAAAAAAAAUGUAACGAGAGAACUUUUGGACAGAUUCUUUUCCCUCCUACCUCCCCACCCCAGCUUAACACUUGUGCCAAGAGACCAGACUUUCUUACAAGCUCUGCCAAAGAGGAACUCGUCGACAGAAGAGCAAGUGAUGUGAAGAGCAGGACUAAAUGUUUGUGCACUAGGAUUUCCUCCUUUCUACCUUUUUCAUAUGUAUUAAGUGCAAUCAUUUGAGUCUUCUUUAUAUUAUUUAGAGGGAAGUUUUUUCUACUAGAAACUCCAAUAUUUAUACCUGCCUGAGAAAUGAGAAUGUGUGUUUGUAGCAAAAGAGCAAAACCAAGCCAAGUCUCCGAUUCAUGGUAAACCAUCACGGUGACGUUUUCAGAC